AUGAACCCAAACGUAUUGUUAACCACAUGCACUCACGAUGAAAACUGCCCACAUUGCAAACAGCGGCAAAUGCCAAAAACACUUCCCGACAUCAAAGAGAAGCCGAAAAAGACGGCAAAACCACUUGUUUUUUCUCCACAAGGUUUUCCUGUUCCUCCAAAGACGUACGUGUCAAAGAAAAAGGAAGAAGCCGUCACACCAGAAACACUCUCGUUUUUGCAAAUGUUGCACAAAGGUCACAAAUGUUGUGAUGUGAAUGAACACACCGUUUCGGCAAACGCGAAUUGGAUGGGAUACGUGAAACGUCCCGAAAAAAUUCCCAAAUUGACGGAACAAAACGCGAGAUUUGGUUUUAGUGGCGAAAUAAUUCCUUUCGAAGUUGAUUUUGUAUCGAACUGUGGGUUGUACAACCACGGCGAGGACCAAUGGGCGGGUGGCUACUCGUUAAAGGAGAUUGGCAUGCUGUUGCGGUCGAAUGUCGUUUCACAAGUGCGUGCUAUGUUGGGCAUUGUGCAAAACAUAAUUGCCAAGACCAACGGUGUCAAUCGGACAGCAACGUACCAACUUAACGGAGGUGGAGAGGUCACUUUGGGUAAUUUUGAUUACGAGCAUUACGGCCUCAAAACUGACGUAAUUUUCAAAGACCUUUGGCUUGAGAAUGACGUUUUUGCUUCUCUAUGCGAAAUUGUGCUUAAAAAUGAGUCGGUGACAUUAAAAGCAGCUGUGAGCGUCCUUCGUUUGUUGCUAUCCCACGACAAUCUCAAUUUGACUUUCCGUGUUGGUACAAAAGCAUAUUAUCGCCACAAAGAACCCAACAACUCGUUCUUCAAAAAAUUUGAAGAAGAGGAGAAGUACAGUAAUUCCCCGAACAGUCAAAACGCCUCCAAAAUUGAUGAAGACGUGAUUGAGCGGUAUCUCAAGCUUGGUAUAAUCAACCGUUUAACUGAAUUGAUGACAAGUGAAAGUGGUGUGCAGAAAGAGGCGAUGUGGUGUGCGUUGUGUUUGUUCCAGUUGGGCGAGGACUACGCCCGUUUCAUUUCUCCAGAAGAGAAGAAAAACUUUUUCAUCCAAAUAUCACAAAAUAAAACUCGCGCGUUUCAAUAUAUUGGUAAAGACGAAAUAGAGCGUGGGUUAGCUGUCUAUUUGUGUUCCACACGUGAAAACCUUUCAAUCAAGUUGGAAGACUCAUUCGAGUUGGUAGAAGAGAGUGAACGUGGGUGGAUAGGGGAAGAUGGGAAAGUCAUGAUGAUGGCUGCUUUAAUCAAACGGCGCGAAAUUAAAAUAGAGAAUGCCAAGGAUGUGCACCUCCUUGGCGUCCGUGGGGUUUAUGGUUUUCAGCUUCUUAAAUAUUCAGUUCCUGAUUUGAGUGAUCAAGAUUUGAGUGAAAUCUUCGAGAGAUGUGAGUACCGCGAUUUAUUUUCGGCACUUCUCUGUUGUUGUUAUGCGGCCGAGUUGAUCAAAAGGAAAAUAAAUCUCAAAAAAACUAUAUAUCUUCCUGAAAACUUUUUUGAGAACAAUUACUCGCCGUCGAAAAAAAGAAUUUUUCAAAUCUUGCCGACAUGUGAUUGGGAAUUUGACUACCCGUAUUACCAACUUGCUUUAAUCUCGAAAAUGUGUGGAAAUGAAAUAAAAGAAUUCGAGUUUGAUUUCAUGAGGAACUGUGAAUACUCUCCAGCAGAAUUUCUAGCUUUUGAGAUUUUGAGAAAUAAUCUCGCGGUUGUGAUUGAAAAGUUGAGUCUUGUCACGUUGUCAUUUAGCGUAUCAUCUUUUGUGAUAAUAACGGAAGGGAUACUUAGGGGGCAAAAAUCGAGGGAAAAAACGCAGUUGGAACACUUGGAAGAAUACCUUUUCGACCACAUCACACCCAAAUUCAGUGAGGUGACAAUUGAGGAGGCAUUUCCUGAGUACCCCGAUAUCAUAUCAAUUGGAUUAUGCUCUAUGGACAGAGACAUCAUCGAAGAGACGUUUGAAAUUGUCACGGAAUUGUUGCCAAGGUAUGGGGCGUUUCUUGAGAAACAUUACCUUUCUGUGUUAAAUUUGUUGAAUAAGCCAGAAAGUGUUUUCGAUGUAAAGGCAGAUAUUGUUGAAAGGUACAUGAAAGCGUUUGCCUGUGCAACGAAAGAAAGAGCGUUUGAUCCGUUGCUGUCAGCUCGAGAGGAGAUUAAAAGAGUCCUUGACGAACAAAAGAAAAAGAGCACAGACGAUUUGAGUGCUUUGGCAGAGAAAGAUGAAAUGUUGUUGGUUCAGCAAUCGACAGAGUACCAAAAGAUGUUUGGGUAUAUCACAGCGUUCACACAAAACUCGCUCAACCAUCCUUUACUUGCAUUUUUAAUCCUUCCAUUCUACACCCCGUCACUUGAUUUUAUAGAAGCCGUGCAAUACUCUAUUGGUUACUUUGGAAAGGUCUAUCCGUUCAAAAGGGAUAUUUACCUCAAGACCAGUGAAAGCAACGAAUACGUCAAAAUGGUGAUUGGCGUGUACAAGCGGAGCAAGAAGUGGGACGACGUUCUAGCAGCAGCAAUCAGCUACACUAUUUUAAUGAAAAUGAAAGAAGACGAAUCAAACGUAGAGUUCAUGGGGUUGACUGACAACGACUUGCAGAGGAUGAAGAAGGUUCUAAACACGGUGUUUGGUGUUGACAUCUUGUGA